UUGUGCAGCAGGCUGGCAGGGUGAACAGCUAUUGAGAGGGUUGUAAGAGGAGAGGGGGAAUGAGAGAGAGAGAAGGGUGUUUCUUUGAAGGCUGAAAGGGGAGAAAGAGGGCAACCAGAGAAGAGUGUAAGUGCAGAGAGUGAAGGGUCUGCAUGCUGGGAGGGAAGGGACAACAGCUAGCGAGGGAGAGAGAAUGGUGUAAAAGUACAGGCUGUUUGUACAGGCUGACAAGAAAGAAGGGUGCAAGAGCGACGGCAGGAGGGUGCGAGAGGGCGGGCCCUGUUCUUUCUGAAAGAAGAGGGAGAGACGUGUGGUGAAGGAAAGACGGGGGGCUGGACUGAGUGAAUGUUGUGACGGUUCCAGUUCUGGCUGAGUAGAGAGUGAGUAAGAUCAACUUGGACAGGGGUGUGAGGGCUCACAGGGAGGAAAGGGGUUUUGGGGUGUCAAAGAAGCAAAGGAAGGACCCAGCUUCCCUGUACCAGUGUGAAAAGGAGGAAAAGAGUGAUUCCCUAUUGAAAAAACGAGGAGAGCCUAAGGAGUAAGAGAAGGAAAGCAGGUCCUUGGGAUAUCUGGAUAAGUGACUUGUGGAAAAAAUCUGAAAAAGGGGAAGACAGAACCAGAGGAUCAAUGGGGUGCAUUCACAGUAUCCAGCAUUGCAGCAGAAAGAGACACGCUCCGGAACCUGAGGGAUCCCCGAAAGUAGCAGUCCACAAUAUCCCCAUUGAAAUUCUACAGCUGGCUGAGCUAGGUAAAGGAGCUGUGUCCCAUGCGUUCACAGAGAAGAGCUGUAGGAAGAAACGACCAUGCGAAGUGUGUAGACAGACCAUCGACAUCCCUGGGGCUUUCUGUAAGGAGUGCAAGACAGCCGUUCAUAAAAAAUGUGAAGCCAAGCAGGGGUCCACUAAGUCCCUGUCCCAUAAGAAGAGGAUCUUCCUUCCCAGGAGUAAGAGUGGGGAGUGUGCGAUGGAGAGAGUGAUGGCGAGGCACUAUGACUUUGACCUCACCUACAUCACCGAGAGGAUCAUCUCUGUUUUCUUCCUGCCCGAUCUGGAAGAACAAUGUUACCGCGGCAACUUACAGGAAGUGGCUGCCAUGCUCAAGUCCAAACACCAAGACAAGUUCCUGCUCUUAAACCUGUCUGAGAAGCGUCAUGACAUAACCAGACUCAACCCCAAGGUUGAAGACUUUGGUUGGCCAGACCUGCACGCCCCACCCCUGGAUAAGAUCUGUGCCAUGUGUAAGGCCAUGGAGACCUGGCUCACCUCUGACCCCGGCAACGUGGUCGUCCUGCACUGCAAGGGAAACAAGGGGAGAACGGGGGUCAUCGUGGCGGCCUACAUGCACUACAGCAAGAUCUCCGCAGGGGUGGACCAGGCCCUGACGACUCUGGCCAUGAGGAAGUUCUGUGAAGAUAAAGUGUCCUCCUCGCUUCAGCCCUCUCAAAACAGGUAUAUCUACUACUUUGGGGGUCUGCUGUCGGGGGCGAUCAGGAUGAACAGCAGACCUCUGUUCCUCCACCAGGUCCUCAUCCCCAGCCUGCCCAACUUCCAGGCAGCAGGAGGAGGUUACUAUCCUUUCCUGAAGAUCUACCAGUCUCUACAGCUGGUCUACACAUCAGGCAUCUACGACCCCCAGGGCUCCAGUGCGAGAAAGCUGUGUGUGACACUUGAGCCGGCGCUACUGCUGAAGGGGGACAUCGUGGUGAAGUGCUAUCACCGGCGGCCGCGUGGCUCAGAGAGGGAGGCGGUGUUCAGGCUGCAGUUCCACACCUGUACGGUGCACGGAGCUCAGCUGUGGUUCGGCAAGGGAGAGCUGGACCUGGCCUGUGCAGAUGACCGGUUCCCUCCAGAUGCUACAGUGGAGUUUAUCUUCUCCUACGGCCCAGAGAAAAUGAAAGGGCGAGAGUACCGUAAGAAUGACCCCUCUGUUACAGUGGACUACAGCACUUCAGACCCUGUGGUGCGCUGGGACUCAUAUGAGAACUUCAACCUUCACCACCAGGAUAGCAUUGAGGACAUCUCCCACACGCGGGGCCCCCUGGAUGGCAGUCUGUACGCCCAGGUGAAGAAGCGUCGGGGCCCGGGCUCUGUCGGUGCCUCUGGGGUCUCUCCCAACGGAUGCCCCCCAAGCAGCCCCACAAACAAGCCCCCUUCCCAGGCCCAGCCUCAAACCCAGCCCCUUUCCCUCAGCUCCGACUCGGGGCACUCCUCCACCCCCUCGGAACACCUGGAGGAACAUCCUCCUCGCCCCCUGUCCCGUCUGGAGAAAGAGAAGAAAGAGAUGGACUGUCUUCUGAGUAGGACAGAGGGGGAGGGCGAAGAGAGGGAUAGGGCGAGACAGAGGGACAGGGAGACGGCCAUUUUGGAUGACAGAGAGCCUGUGCCGGACGGAGGGUCAAGGCGGGAACAGCGGUCAUGUUGCGUUCCAGCUGGCCAUGGUUCGAGAUGCCAGAGGUGUGGGGAGGCACCGGGUUGGGAGAGGGUGAGAGAGAGGGAGCCAUGCCUUGCAAAUGGACAUUAUAUGGACCGCUGUAACAGAACCAAGGGAAAUCCAAAGAGCCGAACGCUUCCCGCCUUACCCUCCCAGCAGCCUGCAUCUCCUCGCCCUCUCUCGCCCCACCUGGACUUGUGCCAUCGCCAUAGCGCCCAUCCCCUGCCCGAGUUGCCGUGGGAACACCCACCGCCCCCCUUACCCUGUCUCCAUCGUCCCUGCUACCCCUACCCCGCCCCUGAACACGUCCACCCACACGCCCACACCCUCCCAGCCUCCAAUAGGGUCUUCUGCGGCGGGGAGGAAUGUCAGCUCUUUCAUUACGCCGCCCACGUCCCCCUUUCCCCUCGUGUCUCCCACCAAUCGCUGCCCUCCAGUCCAUAUAGGGAGAUGUUUUUCAGACCGGCAGCUCCUCCCCCUGGUGGCUGCCCAUGUCGGGACUGCACCUGCAGGCGAGGGCACCAAUCGGCUUCAGCCAGAGCCUUCCACCCGCUGCGCCCGGACCAACCACAGAGCCCACACUGGGCUCGAGGGCGGGACUCUGAGCUGUGGGACAGGGAUGCCGGGUUGAGGCGGGGGAGGGAGGGGCCUUCUCAGCUUUGGGAGGCAGAGAAUCUAUGGGAGGCGGAGCGAGAGGCAGAGAUUUGGCAGCGUUCAGUGGGAGGGAUGUCGUCCUAUAGAGGCCAUCACUCCCCUCUGGGUCAAGGUCACGACCCUUCUGUUUUCCUGCUAGGCCCUAACCUGCCUGGGUAUCCCAGCCCCCACCCCCUCCUGGACAGCCCCCGUGGCAGCAGUGGGUACCACACCCCUCAACCCCCCCUACACUCCUGCCCCUGCGAGCCCUACCAGCAGGUCUCCCCCUCGGAGAGCCACGGGAGCCGGGGGUACGCCUCGGGGUACCAGUCUGGGUCUGCCUCGCCCCUGCCCCCUGGUGGCACAAACUCUGGUGCCUCCCCCUCGGAACCACCCACCGACCGGCAGCAACAGACUGAUGGACACACUGGUGUGUCAGAGGUGGUGCAGAACAUUGUGGGUAUGGAGGACUGUUCUUCCCAGGGGUCAUUGGGGCAAGCAGAGAUUGACAGACAGCCCGCUUGCCCCACCCCCUUAUCAGACUCUGAUCCAGACUACACAACUAUCACCGGCAGUUAUGUAUCCAGCGAGAAGAAGCAAGAUGAAGAGAAGAUGUGUGACCCCACCGAGGGUUCCACCUGGAGUCCUCCAGCAGGCCCCCAGGAGCCAAGUCAAGGGCCCCAGCUGAUUGAGUCCCUCAGUGUGGCUCCAAUGUCUAAAGCCUCCCACUCCACCACGCGGGAGCCUAACAGUAACAGUAGCACACCAGAAACAGAAUGGACACUGCCGAAUGGACACUCCACGACACCACCAACAUUGGUGGAGACACAAAACCAAGAGACCAUACAGAUGCCGAAUGAACGCGUGAACCCUACUGGCUCAACGCAAGUGCACACUGUGAGUGUGCAUCCACCUCCAACUACAGCUGAAGAUGGAGAAUCGAAGGUUGUAGAGAGUGAAACAAAGGGGUCUAGCGGAACUGAGAUGUCCACUCAGGCCGCCUCCGUCCCGAGCCCAAGGAAUUCAUUCGGCCCAGUCCAAGUGCAACUCAAUGGCACCGCUCUCCCUAGUGACUACCCCCUGUCAGAAAAGGGCAGUGGCACAUCCCUGACCCCUUGUUCCAGCCUCAGCUCUGUCCCUCCCUCUCCGCACCUUUACAUUGGCUCCCCAGAGCGACGCCCCUCCCCUCAGCCCUCUCCAUUGGCCACGGACCCAGCUGGGCGAAGACUGACCCAUGUGAGUGACAGCGACCCCAAACCCCCGUCGCCUGUCCCAGAUGGGUACAACACCCCAACCUUUCCCCUCGCGUCCUAUUACUACCCUCUACUCAACGUGCCACACGUCCCCUACACGGGCUACACCGCCGUCACCAUCCCCGCCGCCCAGCCCCCGCUCCCUGAAAAGAGGCGCCUGUCCUCCAUGCCAGGGUCCCCCAAUGGUUACAGCUCACAGUCUCUUCUCAGGGCCUCUCUGGGUGCCGUAGGACCCAUGGGUCUCUCACCCCAGUCCAGCCUCCUCCAGGUCACUUUCUCACCCUCGGUGGGGGAGCUCCUCCCAUCUGUCAGACGAGGACUGGCACACCCUGGUGUCAGAGAGGAGGUGGUGGAGAGCAGCAAGGUCAAUGCCAAGUUUGUCCAGGAUAGCUCCAAGUUCUGGUACAAGCCUAGCAUCUCAAGAGACCAAGCCAUCGCUGUGUUGAAGGACAAGGAGCCAGGGUCCUUCCUGAUCCGGGACAGUAACUCCUUCCAAGGGGCCUACGGCCUGGCCCUCAAGGUGGCCAGCCAUCCUUCAAACAACGUCAACAACGCUUGCCUCGAUUCUCAGGCGCAGCUAGUCAGACAUUUCCUCAUAGAGACGGGCUCGCGGGGGGUCAAGAUAAAGGGCUGUCAGAACGAGUCCUAUUUCGCACGGUUCCAGCAACUAUGGUGGAUGCAUAACCAGGCCAGCGCAGUACGGCUCUACUCGACUCUAGUGUAUAAUGGCGCCGGAUGGGAUGGCUGACGUUUUACGGGCUCCUAACCAACUGCUAUUUUGCUUGUUUUUUUUCGCAUUGUUUGAAACUUAUUUUUUAAACUUAUUUUGUACAUAAUGUUGCUGCUACCGUCUCCUAUGACCAAAAAGAGCUUCUGGACAUCAGAACAGCGAUUACUCACCUCGAACUGGACAAAGAUUUUUACUUUAACGAGUCCGACGCGAUGGAUAUACUGCUUUCUCGAGACCAGGUCCAAACCCUUGUCAUUUGCGUGAAGAAUGGAGAAAAGGGGGGUGGAGGUCGGGCUGCUUUCUGAGAAUUCGUAGGCGAGUGAGUAAACUUCCACUGCCAUCAGUACUAUUGUCCAACGUGCAAUCACUUGAAAAUAAAAUGGAUAAUCUAUGAUUAAGAAUAUCCUACAUUUCACCGAGUCGUGGCUGAACAAUGACACAGAUACUAUAGAGCUGACUGGGUAUUCUGUGCAUCGGCAGGACAGAGAAGUCUGGUAAGAUAGGCGAGGAGCGGGGUGUGUGUCUAUUUGUAAAUAACAGCUGGUGCGCUAUUUCUAAUAUAAAGGAAGUCUUGAGGUAUUGCCCGCCUGAGGUAGAGUACUUCAUGAUAAGCUGUAGACCACACUAUCUACCAAGAGAGUUAUCAUCUAUAUUAUUCGUAGCCGUCUAUUUACCACCACAAACAGAUGCACUAAGACCGCACUCAACGAGCUGUAUAAGGCCAUAAGCAAACAAGAAAAUGCUCAUCCAGAAGCUGCGCUCCUAGUGACCGGGGACUUUAAUGCAGGCAAACUUAAAUCCGUUUUACCAAAUUUCUACCAGCAUGUCACAUGUGCAACCAGAGGGGGAAAAAAACUCUAGACUACCUUUACUCCACACAGAGACACAUACAAAGCUCUCCCUCACCCUCCAUUUGGCAAAUGUGACCAUAAUUCUAUCCACCUGAUUCCUGCUUACAAGCAAAAACUAAAGCCGGAAGUACCCGUGACUCGCUCAAUACGGAAGUGGUCAGAUGACGCAGAUGCAACGCUACAGGACUGUUUUGCUAACCAAGACUGGAAUAUGUUCCGGGAUUCAUCCAAUGGCGUUGAGGAGUAUACCACCUCAGCCACCGGCUUCAUUAAUAAGUGCACCGACGACAUUGUCCCCACAGUGACCGUACGUUCAUAUCCCAAUCAGAAGCCAUGGAUUACAGGGAACAUCCGCUCCGAGCUAAAGGCUAGAGCUGCCGCUUUCAAGGAGCGCAACACUAAUCUGUACGCUUAUAGAAGAAAUAACACUACACCAUCAAACAGGCAAAGCAUCAAUACAGGACUAAGAUUGAAUCAUACUACACCGGCUCCGACGCUCGUCGGAUGUGGCAGGGCUUGCAAACUAUUAGACUACAAAGGGAACCCCAGCCGCGAGCUGCUCAGUGACGGGAGCCUACCAGACGAGCUAAAUGCCUUUUAUGCUCGCUUCGAGGCAAGCAACGCUGAAGCAUGCAUGAGAGCACCAGCCGUUCUGGACGACUGUGUGAUCACGCUUUCGGUAGCCGAUGUGAGCAAGACCUUUAAACAGGUAGACAGAUUACCAGGUACAUGUACUCAAAGCAUGCGUGGACCAACUGGCAAGUGUCUUCACCGACAUUUUUAACCUCUCCCUGACCGAGUCUGUAAUACCUACAUGUUUCAAGCAGACCACCAUAGUCUCUGUGCCCAAGGUAACCUGCCUACCACUCACGUCGGUAGCCAUGAAGUGCUUUGAAAAGCUAGUCAUGGCUCACAUCAACACCAUCAUCCAGGAAACCCACUCCAAUUCACAUACCGCCCACACAGAUCCACAGAUGAUGCAAUCUCAAUCGCACUCCACACUGCCCUUUCCCACCUGGACAAAAGGAACACCUAUGUAAGAAUGCUAUUCAUUGACUAAAGCUCAGCGUUCAACACCAUAGUGCCCAAAAAGCUCAUGACUAAGCUAAGGACCAUGGGACCAAACACCUCCCUCUGCAACUGGAUCCAGGACUUCCUGACGGGUAGGCAACAACCCAUCUGCCAUGCUGAUCCUCAACACCGGGACCCCUCAGGGGUGCGUGCUUAGUCCCCUCCUGUACUCCCUUUUCACCCACAACUGCGUGGCCAACACCAUCAAUAAGUUUGCUGACGACACAACAGUGGUAGGCCUGAUCAUCGACAACGAUGAGACAGCCUAUAGGGAGGUCAGAAACCUGGCAGUUGUGCCAGGACAACAACCUCUCCCUCAAUGUGAGCAAGACAAAGGAGCUGAUUGUGGACUAAGGAAAAUGCGGGCCGAAAAGGCCCCCAUUAACAUUGGCAGGCUGUAGUGGAGGGGGUUUCAAGUUCCUUGGUGUCCACCAACAAACUAUCAUGGUCCAACCACACCAAGACAGUCGUGAAGAGGGCACGACAACACCUUUUCCUCCUCAGGAGAUUUAAAAGAUUUGGCAUGGCUCCCCAGAUCCUCAAAAAGUUCUACAGCGUGCACCAUCGAGAGCAUCCUGACCAGUUGCAUCACCGCCUGGUAUGGCAACUGCUCGGCAUCUGAGGCGCUACAAAAGGUAGUGCAUACAGCCCAGUACAUCACUGGGGCCAAGCUUCCUACUAUCCAGGACCUAUAUACUAGGCAGUGUCAGAGGAAGGCCAAAAAAUUCUGUCAACCAAAUCAUAAGCUGUGUUCGAAUACUCAUAUUACCCAUACUAACCAUACUAUUUGUGAGGUGAAUUUAGCAUAUAUUAUGCUUAUUGGUCAUAGUAUGGAUAUAGUUAGUAUGCCAGUUAGCCAGUUAGUAUCCCAGAUGUGUAUUCGCCAAAAUAUGAAGUAUACACGCAGAUUUCCGUACCCAUAAUACAAUUCUUCAGGAAAUGGGCGUGGCUUCACAUCGUUUCAGAUUUUAAGAAAAUGGCGGUAAAUAUGCAAAGUCCAACGAAAGUGUUUACAAAUUCAUUGCUUUAACUCAGUAUGACAAAUGUUAAAAAAUGUUGAGCAAUGUAAUCAAGUAAUUACUUUUCAAAUAAGUUACCUUGCACGUUAUGUUGGCUGACAAUUUGUUAGCUACGCUGUCCUUACGAACCACAUAGCAUAUCAUUACAGCAUUAUGUACCGGUUUGUUAGCUAGUUACCUAACGUAAAUUGGCUACUUUAACAUCACACUUGCCAGUAUAUAAACUAUAUGCUAUCUAAUUACCCAACUUUUAGCUAAAUUGUGUAGUCGUUGUGGGUGCUCAAUGGACAUUCGGGUGCUUUUAUAAAUUCGCUUUGGCUAUCUUCUCCAAUUUCAGAGCACUCUUGUCUGAGUGUACCAGAGCUAGAUUAAUGAAUUUACGAGCGCUCAACACCGGUUUGAUAUGGUUGGUGUCAGUUAUCGUCGGCAAAAAUGCGUAAUUAAAUUGUUUCCAGCAACAGUCACCAACGCUCUGUAUAACAUGAAAACAGCCUAACCAACUCUGCUAAGGCGAGUAAAAUGGUCAGAGUGGUCACUCAUUUGUGUCUGGAAGUAGCUAGCCAACGUUAGCUUGGGUGCUUGACUGCCGUUGUAAGGUCAGAACGCUCAAAUCAACCCUACUCCUCGGCCCGAGCGUCCAGUGUGCGCUCUGAGAACCAAACGCUCUGAAUUUACAAACGGACAAUCUGACAACGAGCGCACUCUGGCACUCCAGAUUGAAUUUAAGAACACACCCGAAAUCGUAAAUAUUUGUUAUGCUAGUUAGCUAGCAAGAGGUUGCAUAGCAACAGCAUCAACUUCUGGGAGACUGGCGAAAAGCUAGUACGCUCAACUGAAAGGAUACUGUUCCGUUUACAGUAUACUAAAAUUAACUAAUGGUAUGUAGUAUACAGUGUGUUAGUAUGGGUAUUUGAACACAGCUAUAGACUGUAAUCUCUGCUACCGCACGGCAAGCUGUACCGGAGCGCCAAGUCUAGGACCAAAAGGCUCCUUAACAGCUUCCUCCCCCAAGCCAUAAGACUGCAGAACAAUUAAUCAAAUGGCCAUCCGCCCAUUUACAUUGACACCCCCCCCCCCCCCUUUGUUUUUACACUGCUGCUACUCGCUGUUUAUUAUCUAUGCGUAGUCACUUUACCUAGUCACUUUACCCCUACCUAAAUGUACAAAAUAACUCGACUAACCUGUACCCCCGCAGAAUGACUCGGUAUCGGUACCCCCUGUAAACUCGUUAUAUUUAUUGUGUCACUUUUUAUUUAAAUUAUUUUUAACUUGAGUUUAUUUAGUAAAUAUUUUCUUAACUCUUUCUUGAACUGCCUUGUUGGAUAAGGGCUUGUAAGUAUGCAUUUCACGGUAAGGUCUACACCUGCUGUAUUCGGAGCAUGUGACAAAUUUGAUUUGAUUUAUUG